AUGACUUUUGCUUCUGCUGACUCAAUGUCAGACAAAUGCAAAGCUAACUUGAUUUCUAAAUUCAACCUCCUAUCUAAGAAGAAACCAGAGCCACACAUCGCAAAGCUGGAUGUUAACAAGACCGUGAUUAAUCAGAGUAACAUCCCAAUUUCUGACAAUCUAAAAACGGUACUGGCCAAAGGACUAAAUUUCGCCGUCACCCCUAAAUAUAUACCAGUAGAGGAUAUGAUUUCUCAGAUUGAUGUAGCCCUCAGAGGCAUAGGACACAUCCAUGCGGAUGUAGCAAGAGCUGAAAUAGCUACUAUUCUUAAGAAUGCUAAGAAACCCACUAGUAACAUCAGCAAAAACGAACGCUCUGAACUCGCGGACCUAAAAAAGAGAGAUGAUAUAGUCAUCCUCUCGGCAGACAAGGGCAAUGCCACGGUCAUCAUGGAUAAAGAUUCAUACAACAACAAAAUCCUGGACCUUCUUAAUGAUGGGAGUUACUCCAAAAUUAAAAACGAUCCUACUAAAAGCCUAACGACAAAAACCAACAGUAUCAUCAGGAGUUCGACUUCCCUAAUCGAACCAAGCAAACGUCCCUCUCUAAAACCAUCGGCGGCUAGACCUCCCAGACUCUAUGGUCUUCCCAAAAUCCAUAAAGAAGGCACCCCGCUACGACCCAUCGUGUCGACGAUAAACUCUCCUACGUACAAACUAGCCCGUUUUCUAUCAGAUACUCUGCUUCCCUUCACAGGCAAGACCUCUUCGGCAGUACUCAACUCAACCCAAUUAGUCUCUAUGGUUAAGGACAUGGUACUAUCUCCUGAUGACAUCCUCGUCAGCUUUGAUGUGUAUCUGUUUACCAAAGUCCCAGUACCGGACACCCUAACAAUAAUUGAGGACUUAGUCCAACAUGGAUUGAAUUCUGAUGUACCUGCGCUGGUUAGGCAUUGCCUCACCAACACCUAUUUUAUCUGGAAUAGCACCUUCUACAAACAGAAUGAGGGUACCCCUAUGGGCUCCCCCUUGUCACCAGUUAUAGCCAACAUGUUCAUGGAAAAGUUUGAAUCAGACGCCAUACAGACAUCCACCCUGCAUCCUUCCCUGUGGAAGAGGUAUGUGGAUGACACUUUCGUCAUCUGGCCACAUGGCCUCCCAGCAUUGAACCACUUCUUGGACCACAUCAAUUCUAGACACCCAUCCAUCAGAUUCACCAUGGAAGUGGAGAAAGACGGUAAUCUAUCAUUCUUGGAUAUUCUGUUUGAGAGGAGGCCUGACGGAUCCUUGGGACAUUCCGUCUACAGGAAAGCCACCCACACAGAUUCCUACUUGAAACCGGAUCCACCCAUCUCAAAAUAA